AUAUGAAUACCGAAGUUCAUAACCAGAUUCUGGCUGCUGUUACAUCCCUCCAGGCCAACCAAAAAGCGCUCAUGCAACGCUCAGAUGAACUGUCUGCCACUGAAGACCAUGGCAGCAAGUCUGAAGCUGUUAAGAAGUUCCAGCAUGAUGUGGCUCAAAUCUCUCUUAAGAUCGAGGAGAUUAUAAAAAGACUGGAGUUAUGUGAAAAACAGCAAGAUGAUCAGGAACAGUACAGCCGGAGGAACUGUGUUGUUCUUCAUGGCUGCAAAUCUGUUCCAGAAUCUGAGUACUACAAGUUUGAAGACUUUGUUGUUAACACCCUGAACAAUAACUUCAAUCUUGACCAGCCUAUUGUUAACACGGAUAUUGAUAUAACCCAUAAAUUGCGAUCCAAGUCCCCGAAGAACCCCAUCAUUAUUAAAUUUGUCCGAAGAUCGACAAAAAAUUUAAUAUAUGGUAGGAAGAAAGAUCUAAAAGGCAGCGGUUUGUCCAUCACGGAGUCCUUGACCCGGAAUAGGCUCAAGCUCCUCGCCGCUGCCAAGGAAGCAUUCGGGAAGCAUAAGGUGUCGACAAUGAAUGGGACUAUAUACGCUUACUUGGACAGAAGGCGAGUUAUAUCUUGUUUAAAUGAUAUCACUACUCUCUCUCGUCCCCUGUACUCCAGGGCUGCUGCUCGCCCAAUGGGACCUAGCAAAUAGGCACACUGUUUGCAACUUGGUCUCA